UCCACAUCCUGUCUUACAAUUUAUAUAUAUAUUUUUUCUUGUUGGUAGCUAGGCGCAUGUAUUCGGAUACAGCAGCAAAUGGCAUCGUUUCUAUCUAAGCUGACAUCUCAGCUCCACGCUCUAGUGACUGAUCCUCAACCACGGCCAGGUCUACACCCCAUACCUGGAAGUCGGCAUCUCACUUUCGGCGCAGCUAUCUUACCGCCCUUGACGUACUACCUUGCUCUCCUGCUCCUUGCUCCGCCACCACCACCUGCUAUCAACUCGAUUUAUGUCAAAACAAUUCGUAAUGUUCUUGCUUUAACUGCCGGGUUUCUCUUCUUUCGUCUUCCGCUUGCCUACCAUGUCCCUCAGAGCAUCGGACUUACAUACCAACUCGGCCUUGUCGGUCUUUACGGUGGGUGUAGAGUGAUAGACGUGUUCUUCAUAAGCCCCUAUUUCUUCAAGCACAUUCCUCGGCGAGUCAAGUAUGUGCACAAGCCCAGGCUCGAAACUCCUGUACCGGAAGAGAUAGGAACGUCGAAAGAAUGGUCUGACGGAGGAGUCAGGGAGUUACGCCCUUGUAGAGAGAGUAGCACUACCAAUGACGAGCAUGUUACCCCUGAACCAGAAAAAUCACAAACUAGCCAAGGCAGACGUUCCAGCUUUUCCGCCAACAUAGCGCGUAGGAUGUCAGACUCCAUCCCCGACGCAGCCCGGACCUCCUAUCUAGCCGUCCAGCACACCCUAACGGGACCGGCCCCGCGUCCCGUCCUCGAAACCGCAACGACGGAGUCCGGCUGGCCGCAAUCCUUCCGGGACCGCGCCUCGUGGGCCCUCGAGCUCGAGCUCAGCAUGCGCGGCGUCGGCUUCACAUGGACCACCGCCGACGUCCGGCACACGCGGAAGACAUGGCUCCCCACCGUCAGGAACCGGAUCCACAGCGUCUUCGUGCAUGCCCUACCGGUCCUCCUCGCGAGCUGGUUCGUCAUCAGGACCACGUACGUGCGGUACCUCGCCUUACCAAGCACCACCACCCCCACCACCCUUCCCAACCCCCUACCCCCAUCUCCAUCAAGCCCAACAGACGAGGUCCGAUCCCGCGAGUUGUUCGACACGGCGCUGCCCCUCCCCGUCCAAAUCCUGCUCACGGCCUCGCUAGGCGCCUUCCUCAUGGCCGCCUUCUCGCUAGGCCACUCGCUCUUCGCGAUCGCGCUGAGCCCGCUCGCGCGCGGCAGUCCGCUCGCCUUCUUCCCGCCGCUGUACAGCACGCGCGUCUGGGCCGUCGCGUCCGUGCGCGGCUUCUGGUCCUACGGCUGGCACCGCCUGUUCGCGCGCCUGUUCCUCGUGUACGGCGUCUGGCCCGGGGAGUGGGUUGAGCGGAAACUCUCGGGGAAGGGGGGCGAUGAACCGGCUGAUGUGGGGAAGGUACUAGGAGGGUUUAUGGCGAGCGCGUUUGUGCAUUCGUUUUCGGUGAGGGGGGUUUUGGGCGGGGAGUGGGCGAGCGCGGUUGGGGAGGCGAGGUUUUUUGUGUUGAAUGGGGUUGCGGUUGUGGUUGAGGAGGCUGUUAGGAGGGGUGUGAGGAAGAGCAGGAAGCGGAGGGGGUGGGAGGAGAGGAUGUGGUAUGAUGGGUGGGUUGGGAGAGUUUGGUGGGUUGCUGUUCUCUUAGGUUCCGGGAGGAAUUUUGCCAGGGGGUGGGUUAAGUCGGGGUUGGUUCGGGAGAUCGCUUUCCAAUGAUUACCUAGGUUCGGGAAAGAGAUUUCGGGAACGGGUAUAUAGGUGUUAAGAACAUGAACGGCGCAUAAUUUUGUACCUAACUUGCCCUGCGCCAAUUUUACUCCAAUGUUCCGACUUCUACGUAGCAGUCCCCGAUUGGCGAGGACUGCCGGUUAAAGGGGCAUGGUGGCUUCAAGGGGUAUCACGUGAUACGGCGAAUCAGCUUAGCUCCACGUGUAAGUCCGUCUCAUGACUGACAAUAGACUCA